AAUUAUAAAGUCAUUGUCUUCAUUGAAAGUGUCGUCCAGUUUUGAUCAAAAAAUUGUCUCUCCAAAUCCAUCCAUACAAAGCAGAAUCCGUCUCGGCCGUUUUCUUCAAUCAAUUUCGCAUUUCCAAUUGUAGAAGCCUUUGAUUUUUCAACGUUAUUCGUUUCAUGAUUGACUCUGCCUCUGAAGAAAGAAAUUACAGAUCGAUCGAUUCUCCAUGACGAUCAAACUACAACAACCGUUACUGCCACCAGAGGCUCCACCGGAAAACAAAAACUCCCGGCAGCAAGACGCGGGUGCAGCUUUUGUGCUCGAAUCAAAAGGCGAAUGGUUUCACGCCGGAUUUCAUCUCACCACCGCGAUAGUGGGCCCCACUAUACUAACGCUACCGUACGCCUUCAGGGGGUUGGGAUGGGGACCAGGGAUCUUUUGUCUCACAGUCAUGGGUGUCGUCACUUUUUACUCUUACUAUCUCAUGUCCCUUGUUCUUGAACACUGUGAGAAAGCCGGCCGCCGCCACAUCCGUUUCCGGGAACUCGCCGCCGAUGUCUUGGGUUCUGGUUGGAUGUUCUAUUUUGUAAUUUUUAUUCAAACCGCUAUUAACACCGGCAUAAGCAUCGGCGCAAUCUUGCUUGCAGGGGAAUGCCUUAAGAUAAUGUAUUCAAGUUUUUCUCCGGAUGGGCCCCUGAGACUGUGGGAAUUCAUUGCAAUGGUGACACUGGUGAUGAUAGUCCUUUCUCAGUUGCCGACUUUUCACUCCCUCAGACACGUCAACUUGGUUUCUCUUUUCUUGAGCUUGGCCUACACUUUCAUUGUCGUCGGCGCGUGUAUCAACGCAGGACUAUCGAAAAAUGCACCACCAAGAGAUUAUUCAUUAGAAGAUUCAAAAUUUUCAGUAGUUAUGAGCGCCUUCACUUCUAUCUCUAUAAUUGCUGCCAUUUUUGGGAACGGAAUUCUCCCUGAGAUACAAGCUACCUUGGCUCCACCGGUAACGGGGAAAAUGUUGAAAGGGCUUAUUAUGUGUUACACCGUUAUAUUCAUCACCUUCUACUCGGCCGCCGUUUCCGGUUACUGGGUGUUUGGCAACAAAGCUAGCUCAAACAUUCUCAACAGCCUCAUGCCGGAUGACGGGCCCGCUUUAGCUCCAACUUGGCUUCUCGGACUCGGGGUCAUUUUCGUCCUUUUACAACUCUUCGCCAUUGGCCUGGUUUACUCACAAGUAGCUUAUGAGAUAAUGGAAACACAGUCAGCGGACGUGAAUCAAGGAAUGUUUUCGAAACGAAAUUUAAUUCCGAGAAUAAUUUUGAGGUCGCUUUACAUGAUUUUUUGUGGGUUUUUUGCGGCGAUGUUACCGUUUUUUGGAGAUAUUAAUGGUGUGGUUGGAGCGUUGGGGUUUAUUCCGCUGGAUUUCAUACUUCCGAUGCUUUUGUACAACAUGACCUACAAGCCCUCCAGAUCUUCGUUUACUUAUUGGAUUAAUGUUGUUAUUAUGGUUGUUUUUACGGGUGUUGGCUUGUUGGGUUCCUUUUCUUCGGUUAGAAAGUUAGUUCUUGAUGCUAGUAAGUUCAAGAUUUUUAGUGACGAUGUCGUGGAUUGAAGAAUAGAUGAUGUAGAUUAGAUGUGUUUAAUACUUGAAUGUAAAAAACUAAAACGGCAGAUGCAUACCCAACAUUUCUUUACAAACUCUUUACUCUUGUAUCAUAUAACAAAGGACAUUCUAUAA